CAAAUCGCCUGUUAAAAACACCCUUUAGUAUAACUGUGAUUUAUCACACGCAUAUUUCAUCGCCUCUACCGUUUAUUACAAACGGAAAGCGCAGCUCGCGGUGCCCCGGAAGGCCUCGCCGAGGCAGUUCCGGGGCGGGCGGCGGCCAUUGCGCGGUGACCGAGGGGACGCCGCGGCCAUGGGGAAGCACUUCGGGAACCUGGCGCGGGUGCGCCAUGUCAUCUCCUACAGCCUGUCGCCCUUCGAGCAGCAAGCCUUCCCCAAUGUCUUGUCCCACAGCGUCCCCAACGUGGGCCGCCGCUUCGCCUCCCAGGUGUUGAAGGUGGUGCCCCCUCUAGCCCUCGGUUACCUCAUUUAUUCCUGGGGCACGCAGGAGUUUGAGCGGCUCAAGAGGAAGAACCCGGCUGACUACGAGCACGACCAGUGACCAGGAGCAGUGACCAGUGCCCACGAGCAGUGCCCACGUGGCUCCGGAGCUCCCCGGGGACCUGCUGUGCUUGUUCCCAUGGCCGGAGGGGAUUAACAGGGAGAUAAGCCUUGGCUAAUAAACUGUAACUUUGCCCCAUGA